UUGCUAGCGACGGACAGUUCGUCCGUGAUAGUGACUAAGUGACGAGCGAAUUGCGGAGAACAAUGCGGGCUACGUUACGCUUAUUGGUGCUCCUGACGAUUUUGCAUUUCAUUUAUGGCUCGCCGACCGUUCUCCCCGGGUCUCUUGGCAAGGGAACGACAACUUUCGAUAUAACUGGUCGCAUAGUUAACGGUACAAAGGCUGUUUUGAGACAAUUCCCUUAUCAGGUGUCUUUAAAGCGCAGCUGGAAUAAUAAACACUUUUGCGGCGGAAGUAUAAUUAGUUCUUCUCUAGUCCUAACUGCAGGUCACUGCGUGUAUAUCUCCGGAAAGUUAACAGAACCAUGGAUGGUUAUUGUGGUCGGAGGGAUAGUACAUCUGGUUGACGAAGUUCCGUCACGACAGGAGAGGAAGGUGCUAGAUAUCAGGAUUCAUCCAGAAUUCGAUAUUUCGACAUUGCACAAUGAUGUUGCCGUUAUACAACUAUCGGAACCCUUUACGUUCACUCCGGAGCUCAAUAAUGUGCCCUUGUCAGCAAACGCUCCUGUGCCCAAGACUGUCUGUCAGGUAGCCGGUUGGGGCUAUCACUCGGCUAAUUACCCGAUAGUGUUUCCUGACUUAAUGUACGUAGAUCUACCCAUUCGAAGUACAAAGGAAUGUCGCAAACUGCUCAUAAACGAGACAGACCUACCACCGGGAAUGUAUUGCGCCGGUUACAUAGAAGGUGGAAGGGAUGCUUGCCAAGGUGAUUCCGGCGGCGGCAUGAUCUGCGAUGGUAUUUUGACCGGUGUCGUUUCGGGUGGCAAGGGGUGUGCUCAGCCACGAUUGCCUGGGGUGUAUGCAGAUAUUUCUCACUACUUAAAUUGGAUAUUAAGCGACUCAGAUGUAAUAAUAGUAGUGCAAAAAGUUGGGAAUUCCGGCGUAGUUAACACCUCGGAGAGUAUGAUGAUGCUAAUCUCCUUCCUCUUUUGUGCUCUUAUCAAUUACACCUAGACCUUGAAGCCAAGACUGUUUGUAGAUAUGUAUGUUUAAAGAUAUACUACAGUCGGCCAAAUACGAUUUGAUAAGUGAAAUAAAUAAAAUUAGCAGAAUAACUUU